UUUCCAGAUCGGACGUGUUCAUAGAGCGUUCCAUUUGCGUGGAUUAUAUGUGCAGCAUAAAACAAAAAAUACAGAGUGAUGAACAGAACAAAGUUUUAAAAAGAAUGAGAUUGCAAAAGACUUUGAUGUUUACAAAACAAGGGAGAGCAGAAGUGAUGAAACGAUUACAGUGAGGCAAGCAAAUAUAUACAACUGGAGUACAGCAAUUUAGAGCUUAUGUGGAAUGAAGAUAGGGAGCUGUCAACCCUGAAGAACGGCAUUAGUCUGUGCUAUGUAUUGAGUAAACAUUUAAUUGAACAAAGUGGAAAGAGGCAUACCGUUGUGCCGGAGAGUGGAAUCGAAUUAAAUAUUUAAAUUGAAUUACACUAUAGUGAACUGUUUGAUUAAAACGGAGAAUCGCGGAAAUCAACCAAUUGGUAUUGUGCCAAUUAAAGCUGAUAAAAUGGUGAUAGUGCAAUCAAACAUCAUAACUUCCAAUCGAAUCGGUCUCGAGUGGGAUAUCAACGAUCCCAACGUACCACUCGUAAGCGAAGUCGACCUGGAUGAGUUCAACGAAUGGAGCGACGGGCACUGCCGCUACAUCUACCGUUCAAUGGACGAAAUGGCCAAGCGUCAUUCGUCGGGUUGGGCAAUGCGAAACACUAAUAACCACAACGUGAGCAUCCUGAAGAAAAGUUGUCUCGGAGUGCUGGUAUGUUCCGCACGAUGCGCUCUUCCAAACGGGGACAAGAUUCACCUGAGACCUGCCAUUUGUGACAAGGCUCGUAGGAAACAACAGGGCAAGUCCUGCCCCAAUCGGCUUUGUGUGGGGGGCAUACUGGAGAUUCAACCCUGCAGAGGUCACUGUGGCUACCCGGUGACACAUUUCUGGCGCCAUACACCCAAUGCAAUAUUCUUCCAAGCCAAAGGAGUGCACGACCAUCCACGACCGGAAUCGAAGUCAUCCGGGGAGACCCGAAAGAUUUUGGGCAUUGGUCGACGUGAGCGCGUACUCAAAGCAAUUCAAUCAAAAGUUUCCAAGAUCACAAAUUCGAAGCAAACCAAAAAAAUCACCAAACAAAUACUGGAUGCUGGGAAGACACCACAAAAUAACAACUUGAAUCGACUAAGCCCUGGAUCCGCCUAUAGUCUGCAAUUUCCUUCAAACUAUAAGGCAAGCAACCAAUGUGACUACACUUCUAAUCCAGGCAACAACUCAAUUGCUCACCAAAGUACUCAAGAGUACAAUCAGACGUACUUCUACGAUAAUGCUAGUUUCAUCCACCCGGAGGAGAUUUUCCAGCUAGAUCAACCCAUUCGACCAAUCAACAAGUAUCCAAGUAGCUCAACCACCAGCCUACACACUCUCGGCAGUUCACCGCCCACCGUUCUAGACAUGGAAAGUGGCAACAUCUACAAGAAUACUCUGAGCAACGCUAACUAUGGCGUACGAUACUUCGACUGCAUCAAAUACGAAACGAGUAGCAACGAUACGGACACAGCCAGCCUCACUAGCGGCUCUAGCGUGUUUGAUGACUUCUCCUACUACUCAAGCCCGCAAAUUGAUUAUAAUAACGUAAGCGCAGCAACAAAUAACAACAACAACUGUAACCUCCCCGACAUGAACAAAAUGAACUUGCGUUUGAGCGACGAUAUCAAUUCGUUUUUUAUUGGGCAACCGAGUUGCGUGACGCAAAGUAAGCAGCAACUCCCGGACAGCGAUGGCUCACCCGAGAACAACCAUCUCAACGGGUAUGGCUACGAAAAUUACAGCAAUUCAGCGUCACCGAAUGCGGCGCCGAUAACGAUGCUACCGUACGGGAGUGAUGUAUAUGGCAACGAAGGUACCAGCGGAGAUGCCCUCGUUCCGAAUGCCACCACACUGGUAGAGCAGACGGCACUUGGCGUUGAUGGGUGGUGGAAUGGAAGUAGCGGUAAUUACGCGACGUCUACCCAUCCACAACCAGGCUGGAAUCAAAUCGAUAACGUCGCUAACGGUAGUCUGCAACACCAACAGCCGAACCACUACUAUCUGAUGGAGCAAACCGACUAUUUGUGCAAAAUGGAAGGUGGAGAAUGUGUAAUGUGAGGGUGAUUAAGACUUGACAAAUUGUUGUUGAAUUGAGCCAAGGAAUUAAGGAGGAUUGUUAGCAACGUUGAAUUUGUUUCAGAAGGGGUGAUGGUGAGCGAGUGGUUCUAGUAUGUUCAUUUACAGCUAAUUAAACCAUUGGAAUUUAUUGAAGCAUUCAUUAAGUUUCAUCGAAGAAUAAUCAAAUGUACCAGUGUAGCAAGACUUACUAUUUUAUUUUACAAACAUAUUAAGAUAUUAUUUUGUCUUACCUCUCUGUACUGAUCGUAAUUAUAAGUAAUAAUUAUUAGGACAAAGUGAGAAUGUUUUCAUAUGUAAGUAGAGGUUAUGAUACACGUGUUUUGUUGAAACAAUUCUAGUCAUAU